CCCCGAGGAGGAGCUGCGGCUGGGCCAGGCCGGCUUCAUGCAGCGCCAGUUCGGGGCCAUGCUGCAGCCCGGGGUCAACAAGUUCUCCUUGAGGAUGUUCGGCAGCCAGAAGGCGGUGGAGCGGGAGCAGGAGCGCGUCAAGACGGCCGGCUUCUGGAUCAUCCACCCCUACAGCGACUUCAGGUUUUAUUGGGACUUGACCAUGCUGCUCCUCAUGGUUGGGAACUUGAUCAUCAUCCCCGUGGGCAUUACCUUUUUCAAGGACGAAAACACCACGCCGUGGAUCAUCUUCAACGUGGUCUCGGACACCUUCUUCCUCGUGGACCUGGUCCUCAACUUCCGCACGGGGAUCGUGGUGGAGGACAACACGGAAAUCAUCCUUGACCCGCAGCGGAUUAAGAUGAAGUACCUCAAGAGCUGGUUUGUGGUGGAUUUCAUCUCCUCCAUCCCGGUGGACUAUAUUUUCCUGAUCGUGGAAACCCGCAUCGACUCGGAGGUCUACAAGACGGCCCGGGCCUUGCGGAUCGUGCGCUUCACCAAAAUCCUCAGCCUGUUGCGUCUUCUGAGACUUUCCAGGCUCAUACGCUACAUCCAUCAGUGGGAAGAGAUCUUCCACAUGACCUACGACCUGGCGAGUGCUGUGGUGCGGAUCGUCAACCUGAUCGGCAUGAUGCUGCUGCUGUGCCACUGGGACGGCUGCCUCCAGUUCCUGGUGCCCAUGCUCCAAGACUUCCCGGACGACUGUUGGGUCUCGCUGAACCGCAUGGUGAAUGACUCCUGGGGGAAGCAGUAUUCCUAUGCGCUGUUCAAGGCCAUGAGCCACAUGCUGUGCAUCGGCUAUGGGCAGCAGGCCCCGGUGGGCAUGUCAGACGUGUGGCUCACCAUGCUGAGCAUGAUUGUCGGGGCCACCUGCUACGCCAUGUUCAUCGGCCACGCCACGGCCCUCAUCCAGUCUUUGGAUUCCUCACGCCGGCAGUACCAGGAAAAGUACAAGCAAGUGGAGCAGUACAUGUCCUUCCACAAGCUCCCGGCAGACAUGCGCCAGCGGAUCCACGACUACUACGAACACCGGUAUCAGGGCAAGAUGUUUGACGAGGAGAGCAUCCUGGGGGAGCUGAGCGAGCCCCUGAGGGAGGAGAUCAUAAACUUCAACUGCCGGAAGCUGGUGGCCUCCAUGCCGCUGUUUGCCAACGCGGAUCCCAAUUUCGUCACGUCCAUGCUAACCAAGCUGCGUUUCGAGGUUUUCCAGCCUGCGGACUACAUCAUCCGGGAAGGCACCAUCGGGAAGAAGAUGUAUUUUAUCCAGCACGGGGUGGUCAGCGUGCUCACCAAGGGCAACAAGGAGACGAAGCUGGCUGAUGGGUCCUACUUUGGAGAAAUUUGUCUGUUGACCCGCGGCCGGCGUACGGCCAGCGUGAGAGCUGACACCUACUGCCGCCUCUACUCCCUCUCGGUGGACAACUUCAACGAGGUGCUGGAGGAGUACCCCAUGAUGAGGAGGGCUUUUGAAACAGUGGCCCUGGAUAGGCUCGACAGAAUCGGUAAGAAGAACUCCAUCCUGCUCCACAAAGUCCAGCACGACCUCAACUCCGGCGUCUUCAACUACCAGGAGAACGAGAUCAUCCAGCAAAUUGUGCAGCACGACCGAGAGAUGGCCCACUGCGCACACAACAUCCAAGCGGCAGCCGCGGCGGCCGCCGGUUCAUCACCCACACCCGUCAUCUGGACACCCCUCAUCCAGGCUCCACUGCAAGCGGCUGCCGCCACCACCUCUGUCGCAAUUGCCCUCACUCACCACCCUCGCCUCCCAACCACCAUCUUCCGCCCCCCGGUGUCCGUCUUGGGUUCCUUGGGGCAGCAGUCGAACCAGACGCCCCGGCAGCUGAGAAGGCUCCAUUCCUUGGUGUCGUCGGCAGGACCUUCCGCCGUGGGCUCUCCUUCCAGCACGCCGUCCCAGCUGCACACGCCGGGAGCGGAAACCCUCUCGUCGUCCUCCUUCCAGAUCCAGCAGCUGGCGGGGUUCACUGCCGCAGCUGGUUUGGGCCAGUUCCACCGGGCCUCUGCUGGCUCUCCUUCUGCCAGCUCGAGCCACCAAGCCUUGGGCAGCCCCUCGUCCGCAGGGCUGAAUCCGCAAGAGCAGGCGGGGCCUUCCAACACCCCGGAAGGGGCUGCUCGGCUGCAGGCUUCUGAUUCCGACAGCAACCUGCUGAGUGGCUUUGGCCCCUUCCAGAAGGCCCCCGAGAGCUCUCCGUCCAACUCCUUCAUCCAGCCGUCCUCAAAUUCGCCCGGCAGCCCCCUCGGCCACUUGCAGGCCGCUUGCAGGCCUCCCCAGGUGGGGCAGCCGCAGCAGCUCUCAGGAACUGGAGCGCUGGGCGGGACGAACCCCUUCCCGCUGCCUCCCUCGUCCAGUUCUCCGUCCUCUAGCUUAAGCCAGCUGGCACAGGCAGCUGGAGGCUCCCCUUCGGGCUUGUGCCAAACCCCGCCAAGUGCAUUAGGACCUUGCGCAGCUCAGAUGCACCAUGAAAGGUCCCCCUUUGCCUCUUUGUCUCCGUUGAAACAGCCUGGCGCCGCCCCUUGUUUUUACCCGCCUUCAGGCCUUAGCCCCCCUAGUCAAAGCCCCCCAGCCAGGACUUUCCAGUGUGGCCCUUCUGGGUCAUUGGGCUCUCAUGGAUCUCUGCUGCUGCCUCAAACCUCUAGCCCGCCUCCGCCGGUCCUUCUGCCCAGGAGUAUGCCACCGCUUCUGCCCGGACGAUUGACCCAGGACCUCAAGUUGAUCUCUGCUUCCCAGCCAUCUUUGCCCCAAGAAGCGGCUCAGACUUCAAGCCAAGGCUCUCCUCAUUCCUCCAGAGAGUCUGUUUCUAGCUUCUCAUCCUUCUCUGGCAGCGGCGGAGGAGGGACGAGACCUCUAGGGAAGCCAUAUAGCUUUGUGCCAGGGAGGGUGACUUUACCGCGCCACAUGUCCUCAGGUUCUCUGCCUCAGCCACCCGCGUUGGAGGCCGGUCCCAACAUUUCCCCAUCUCUGAGUGCUGCUGAAGGGAGGAAAGGAUCUAUAGGGCUCACUGGGGAUCGAGAACCCAUCCGAUCUAAACUGCCCUCCAACUUGUGA